AGAAAGGAUAUCACUUCCUUGUUUAAAGCAUACACAUCAUGGGAAGCAUUGCAGGAUUUCUGUGCUGUUUCUUAUUUACUUUUCUGGUGGCAUUUUUACUACAAGCUGUUGGAUUCUUCACUACUAACUGGGUGACAUGGACUGGAUGCGAAGCGCAGGGACUGUUCAGUUUUUCAACAUCAGGCCAAACGACUGCCUGUGUUGGAGACGGAGAGUACCUAAGCUCUGCAGUCCUUGGUCUACAAGCAACGUCAUUCACCAUCCACCUGAUGGUGUGUUUGACAAUGAUAUGGCUAAUGUUCUGUGGCGGAGACGACGACGAUGACGUUGGAUAUUGUGGAUGCUGUGCAGGGUGCUUCAUCAUGUUGUACCCAGUUGCAGGAUUAUUCAGCAUUAUCGGAUGUGGCAUGGUGUCCACCAUAGACGUGCCGGAAUUCUCGUACGGCUGGUCCUACAUCCUGUGUCUCACCAGUGGUGUCUACGUCAUACUUCAGGUCACUCUAGCGUGUUAUUGCGUUUGCAAGGCAAUAAAGGACAGCGACGAUGAUGAAAACUUACCGAGUCCACAACAGACUACUGCUGUAGCAACCACUGGAGCAAGCGGUCAGCUCAAUAUCCGGUACGGUCACCAGGAACAGCACGUGGCAGUCGCCGUGACGGAGAGGGAGGAACUUGCAAUGUCCAAUGGAGUGAUGAUCUUACGUAAGAUGAGGAUCAUGCAGGUGGUUGGGUUGGUUCGCUGAUGUCGGAACUGAAAACCUGGUUGGCUGCUACAGUGUAGAUAAUUCUGGAAUAACAAAUGUGCAUGUGACUCUGUAAAAGUCUGAUUUAAUAACAAUGUAUGCAACAGUAUAACAAUAUGUAUAUGUGUAUAUGUUAACACUUAAUUGACUAAUAUUUACCCAUCUACAAAUGAGAUCGUCUACUUAGCAUACCCCACGAAAAGGUCAACGCGACAGGAUGACAGAGGCGGAGGGCCGUAGAAUUUCUUGGGGGUGCAAUUUCAAAUGUAAUUAUUGUUCGAAUUAAAUAUUAAAUUGAAUAUUUAAGAUACAAAUAGAAGCUGAAUAUUGUAGAGGGUGGUAAUAGCAUAAAGUAUUUAACUUAGGGUAUAGUGUAAAAUAAAGAUAAUAAUUACUCUUUGUCGGCACUGUAGCAUCUAUUUACUAAAUCUAGAAUGUAGUAGACUUGUAAACUAUAUUUUGUCUGUGUCCUUGAAAUCACUCGCUCGUCUAUUAUUAAAACAUCCUUUUUAUGCUAUAUCAAGUUUUUGUUUUGUAGUGAAAUGCUUCUAUAAUGUUCAUCUAAUGCCUUUACUGUAUAUACUAUGUAUCUAUGACAAUAAAAUGUACUAAACCUUGCGGGAU